GAGUCUUAAUUUUUGACAUGCUUUGCUGACUCCUGGGGUGACCAAACCCCCCUGAACUAUGCUUGGGAAUAGCCCCAGGGGAUCAGCUUCCAUCAUCAGACGACAAAAAGGAGACAAAUAAAUAAUGUUCUCUCGGAAGGAUUCUAAAAAAGAAGCAAAUAAAUAAAAGUUCUCUCAGGUUUCUAACAGCGAAUGCUAAGGCAAACGAAGCCACAUAAGAAAAGGCAGUCAUUCUGUAAAAGCUGGAGAGCAGCUGAGCAGCCAAGGCAGAGGAUUUCAGAGGGUUUAUUCCCUCACCAUCACGGCCUGGGCCCUUGGGGAGCCGCUCAGUGACUGAAUUUCUCUCCAGACAAACGCUGCAGCGCGGACACGGGGCUGCAGCGCCCUGUGAUGGCGGACGCCUUUCGGCACAACCUGGGCCUCGCUGAGGCGGCGCCGGGCCCCGGCGGCGGAGCGUUGCGGGGCCCCAGCCGCCUUCCCCCGGCCCCUCGGUCGCUUUCGAGCUGCUCCGGGGCCUCAGCAAGGCCCGGGGCCGUUCCCCGAAGGCCCCGGUGGCGGAAGCGGGCGGUGCUGGGCGGGCCUGCCGGGGGGAAGCCGGCCGAGGAGGGGCGGCGAGGCCGGGCAGGCCGCCGGGGAGUCCCCGGGGUCGCCUCGGUGCUGCGGCGGCGCCCCCCGGAGCCGGGAGCGGAGGGAGAGCUUGUCCGGUAGCGCAGCGAGGAUGGUUUCUCCCAAAACGCGAUAUUUAGUGUUCUUUCAAUACUAUGGCACUAAAUAUAGUGGGGUGAUGGAAACGUCAGUUAACCAGUCAGGGAUUGGAGUCCAGAACUGUUUGGAGAAGGCAGCACAGAACCUGAGACCUGUUGUUCCCAUCAAGUUCCACAUCUCCAGCCGAACAGACAGUGGCGUUCAUGCACUCUGCAACGCUGCUCACCUCGACAUCCAGAGGGCACCUGGGAAGCCAGCUUUUCAAGAGAGAGAGCUCAUCCAUGGUCUAAAUCACUACCUGAAGCCUGAACCAAUCCGCAUUUUGAGUGCCUACCGGGUGCCCAGUGACUUCCACGCACGCUUCUCGGCGCUGUCAAGAACCUACGUUUACCGGCUGCUCUUGGGCUGCGCCCACUGGUCUGAAGUACCCGUGUUUGAAAGGGACCUGUGCUGGGCUCCUCCGGGGGGCUACCUGGAUGUGCCAGCCAUGCGGGAUGCAGCACGGCUCCUGCUGGGAACCCACGACUUCAGCACUUUUCGCUCACUGAACUCUGAAACACCCUUUCGGUCUCCGAUCAGAACCAUUGUCCAGGCAGAAAUCCAACCCUCUGCUGGUUUCCUGGCUCACCACUACGAAUCCAGGGGGCUGGAGUUCUGGGAGUUGAAGUUCAGGAGCAAGUCGUUCCUUUACCGGCAGGUCCGAAGGAUGGUUGGGGCUCUAGUUGCAGUCGGCCAGGGAAAGCUAACACCUCACCACAUCAAGGAGUUACUGGAGAUAAAAGAUGCGCGGGCUUUUCCACCGCACGCCAUGGCUCCGCCGUCUGGACUCUUCCUAAAAUCCGUGGAAUAUAACGAAGCAGAUUUGCACACAACAAGGGCCCCAGGAGAAUAGGAGCCCUGUCGGAUACGAGGCUCUGGAGGACUGUUGGUGUGGAUGCGGCAGAGGUCUGCAGGGCACGCCACGCGUGGUCUUCUCAAUAAACAUCACUGCCUG